AUGAAAAAAGUCCACAAUGAUGAAGACCACACGGAUGAAGGCCUCACGGAUGAAGAGCACACUGAUGAAGGCCACACAGAUGAAGAGCACAUGGAAAAAGACUACAAGGAUGAAGGCCACACGUAUGAAGGCCGAACGGAUAAGGACCACAAGGAUGAAGACCUCACGGAUGAAGGCUACACGGAUGAAGGCCACAUGGAUGUAUGCCACAUAGAUGAAGGCCACACGGUUGAAAGUCACGAGCACGAAGGUCACGAAGAUGAAUACCACAAGGACGAAGGCCACAUGGAUGAAGACCAGAAGGAUGAAGGCAAUGCGGAUGAUGGUCACAAAGAUGAAGAACAAAUGCCACAUGAAUGA